UAGAAAGUCAUUGAAGAGGGAUAAAUUAGGAGACGGAGCAUCUUUGUCAAUUCAGUACGACGUGUGUACCAGGAGGAGCACUAAUCAAAUCAUGUUUAGCACCAAUGAAGCAGGUGAUGGCAGAUAUUUUUCUUUCCUUUUCUUUUCAAUUUUCCCAACCGCCAAACAUCCAAAUUCAAACAGCGGGUAAAAACUUUUGGUACUAAUUGGAUCAUCAUAACAACAUGCAUAUGAUUAUCGAAAGAGAGUAUACUUUUUAGGUUGAAGAAAUCCCAUCUCCCCUAUCCCCAGCCAAUCGUCCUCCUCAACAUCUAACUUCCACCAAACCCUUGAUCCUCGGUCGGAAAACGGAAGAAAUUCUGAAAGGUCGUGAAGGGAAAUGGCGAGUAGAGACUGCGACUACAGAUUUCUCCAGCUACUGGACGCCAUGGCUUCAAUCAAUCAGACAGUAAAUCUCAUUGGAGUCGUUGUCGAUACCAGUAUCCCCAAGAAGUCCAAGGGUACUGAUUGUUUUUGUACAGUAAAAAUAGUUGAUGAAUCAUAUUCAAGUCCUGGGAUUCUAGUCAACUUCUUUGCUGAAAAUAUGGAAAAGCUUCCUCAUGUCGAGUCAGCUGGAGAUAUAAUUCAGCUUUCUCACGUUGUGAUGAAAACUUAUGAGAAAGAAAUUUACAUUCUUUUCAACAAGAAGUUCUCUUCAUUUGCUCUGUUUGAUGGGAAAUGUAGUACCAACUUCGUUCCUUAUCAAGGAUCUCCAAAGUUUCGCCCCAGAGAAGAAGACAAGAAGUUUAUAGCAGACCUAAGAAAGUGGUCAGCCGAUUAUCAGCUAGAGAGAGCAACAAAUGAAUGGUUAUCGUUGAAAGAGAUCAGAGUGGGAGAACGAAUUAAUUUGAUGUGCAAGGUUCUUCAUACCUACGAAGUUACAGAAAAUGAGUGGGUUAUAUUCCUUUGGGAUGGAACAGACACUCCACCAGUUACUGUUCAAACAAAGCUUGAAGAUGAAAUGGUAAACCCAAUUCCUUUAGAUUUGCAACAAUUUCCCUUGUCAAGAGAUAUAUUAUGUACAUUCCCAGCUGUUGGAACUGUGUUGAGGAUGAUUGUUGAUCAAGGCAAUACUGAGAAGCUUGGCCUUCACUUGCUAAAAACUGGUAGAUGGGUGAAAUUUCUUAACAUUAUUUGUCAUCAUCAUGCUGGACUGUGGCGUGGUUUGCUGAUGCCCUUUACUAGGCUCCGAUAUUUGCCCAAUGAUGAUCCUCUCGUAUUACAGUCCCAAAGGGAUUAUGACAAGCGGGUAUCAUCAAAAUGGGCAUGGAUGCCUUUGUCAAGCAUUCCUUGGCCUUCUUAUAUUACAGAGACUGAUUAUAAGGAAGUGCCUUUUGUUACAUUAAUGAAUGUUCUCACGUAUCCAGAGGUAACAUCAAAAUUUAGAUGUGUAGUUCGGGUUAUUGCAGCAUAUCCAUGGCGAGCAGAGGACUUCCGCUCCCCGCUUGGGACAUAUAGGAUUAGGCUGACCCUAGAGGAUCCAACGGCCAGAAUUCAUGCAUUUGUGUAUGCCGAAGAUGGGGAGGAACUUUUUGGUGGCUAUCCCUCUGUCAAUGUAAUGAUAAGGAAGCGGAAUAAAUUGCUUGGAAUUGCCAACAGUGAUGACAGCAGAGGAAGAAUUGAGUAUGCCCCCAGAAACCCACCAUGGGUACAGUGCUGCAUAAAAUCAUACUACCUUGAUAAAAGUGAUGUUUGGGGAACCAGGAAUUAUCGGAUCUUUGCUACCAAGUUAGUGGAUCAAACUAGUUAAACAGUUCUUCUAAACUAUGCAUAUAUUAAAACUGCUGUUUGUUAGAAGGUAUGUCAGUGUUCGCCGCACUCGGCAAUGUUUCAUAGUUUGCUCUGUUGUUUGAACAAUUUGUUGGUUAAUGAUCAUAUAAAUUAAAGCCGGUUUUGGUUCAAUUUUGGGCUA